AUGGGCAAGACCACCACUGCCAACAUCGGCCUCUCCCUCGCCCAUCUCGGCUUCUCCGUGGUCGCCAUCGACGUCGACGUCGGCCUCUGCAACCUCGACCUCCUCCCCAGCCUCGAGAACCACAUCAACUACACCGUGAUCGAGGUCCUGAAUGGCGACUGCCACCUCGACCAAGCCCUCGUCUGCGACAAGCGUUGGUCCAACUUUGAACUCCUCUGCAUCUCCAAACCCCGCUCCAAACUCCCCCUCAAAUUCGGUGGCAAGGCCGUUACCUGGCUCGUGGAUGCACUAAAAGCACGUUCACAGGGUUGUCUCGACUUCAUCCUUAUCGACUGCCCCGCCGACAUUAACACCGGCUUCAUCACCGCCAUCACGCCAGCCAACGAGGCUGUCCUCAUCACCACCCCCGACAUCACUAGCCUCUGCGACGUCGACCGCGUCACCGACCUCCUCGAAUGUGACGUAAUUUCACUGUUCGAACAAGUCGCGUGGAGGCUCGUGGAGCAAGACAACAUUUGUUGA